UAUCACACUUCGAGGCCUCCCGCGGGAGACCAACUUCAAUGAGCUUCACAACGAUCUCUCUCAUGGAUUAGUUUUCGUAGCUUUCUAAUCUCCUCUCAUAACACUUUCAUUCUCUCAAACUCAAAACACUCGAAAGAUCUUUACACUAGCUUUUAGCGUAGUGCAUAAGCAGGUGGGUCUCUACACAGCGAACGCUUUACAACCACGGGAAGCUGAACAAGGAGAGAUUUCAGAAGCUACAAGAGCUAGGUUUCCCUUGGGUUGUACACCGCAAUUCUUCCUCUGGUGUCGCACAACCUAGACAAAGUACCCGAUCUCAAACAUCCAGGAAGGGAGGAGCAGGUGCCAAUUCCAAGGAUUCUGAUUUGGAUGAAGAUGAUGAUGGCGAAGAUACAUAUGAGAUGGAGUCAAUAGAAGAGAACAAACAAGAGACUGACGAUUAUCAAUCUUCUGAUGAAGAACAGAUCAGCAAGCCUCCAGCAAGGAAGCUCAAAAGAGCAACAAAAUGCCAAGGUCACAAACUUCAAGCUUAUUCCAGGAAACAGAAAGCUACUCCCAAGAAGAAUGCUUCGGCAGAAAAGGAUGACACCGAAUCCAUAACUCAAGACAAGGAUUCCAGGAGGAGAACUGCCCAAUUGGGGAUGGAAUCAGAAAAGGAGGAAACAGAGCAGAGCAUAGUGAUGGAAGUUUCGAGUGAGGAGGAUGAUGAUGAUACCAGUAGUGACACCAGUAGUGACAUUGAAGGUGAGAUUGAGGAAGAAGAUGACGACUUGGGUGCGGAGGAAUCUAGUAUUGGAAUUCCCAGAAUGGGGAAGGGUUCCCAACUUCAAAAGCUCCGCAAGCUGGUUGCUGCCCAGGAGACAAUCAUCAAAAACCAGAUUGAACGGAUGCACCACAAGAGAACAAUUAUCCACCGUCAGAGGAGGACUAUCAAAAAGCAAAAAAAGGCGAUCAACAAAAAAUAGAAGUCCAUCCAAGAGCUCCCAAAUCAUUUGGCUGCUCUGCAACAACAAGUUGAAACAAUUCAACAAGAGCUUGCAGAUCUUGAGGGCUCAAGGCCUGACCUUUAGAGUCCGUACCUAUGGACUUCGAUAAGUGUUUCUGCAGCAGUGCUUGAAAACUAUGUGGAAUUGGUCUGCUGCUGCAUUGGCACAACUACCCGUAGCCAUGAGAUGGAUUGCAAGGACCAAUCAGUAUUGAACAUUAUAGCACCCACGACAUUAUCUCAGCGUGUACUUCUUUCUUGCUCCUUUGGCCUGUCUUCCCCCCUCUGAAGC